AUGGGAUUCCUCAAAAUUGGAACGCCAUUAAGCUGGGAAGAAGUGCAACAUGUAAAAUCUCUUAUACGAUUGUAUGGUAUACUGCAGUUUGUUCAUACAUACAAGUGUAAUAAGGAUCGAGAAGAUGAAAAUAUAAUGUUUGGGGAUGAAAUAGAAUAUAUCAUUAUAAGGAAUGAUGAAACAUUGAAAGAAUCAUCAGCUCUUUUAUGUGCUACAGAUUUAAUUGAUGAAAUGAUGAAUUUAGAAAGUGUUACUGAUUGUCAAUAUGGAUCUCAUUGGACACCUGAAUACUCAUCCUUUACGAUUGAAGGGACACCAUCCGUACCUUUUAAAUUUGAUAUUAAUUCUUCAUCAUUUGUUGAGGACUGUAUGAGAAUAAGGAGAAGUAAAUUAAAUAACGUUCUAAGUGCAAUCAGCGGAGUUCGAGCAGUUACAUUACCAUGUUUCCCUAACAGCCUUUUGAAUAAUAGUCUUCUUAUGGCUAAAAGAAUAAACCAGGAAAAUAGUAAAAAGAAAAAUGAAAGGAUUAAUAAAAAUGAUUUGGUAGAACCACCUGCUAUAGAAAACAUUCAUUUAAAAAAAAUAGAAAAAAAAAAUAGUGAAAAUGAAAAAUGCGCAAACAUGCAUAGUGAAUAUAAAAUUACUUUUAAUGAUUCUAAUCAAAUUGAUAUGGAUGAAAAUAAAUCAACACAUUUUGUAAAUUCAGAUAUAACUUGUCAAAAAAAUGAUGAUAUAUUAAUGCAAGAUAUAUAUGCGGAUGAAGGAGAAUGUAUACAUGUAGAGGAACUUAAGAAAGAAGAAAAAAGAGAUGAAAAAGAAGGAAGAAACGAAGAAAUGAAAGAACAUGAACAGACUAUGUUCAUAAAUUCGUUAAAAGAAGAUUCUAUAUUUGAAUGUGAAUUAUUCAAACCAGAAAAUAUAAACAAUUAUAGUAAUAGUUGUUUAAUUACAGAUAUGGUGAUAAGUCCACAUGCUAGAUAUAUCACGUUAACACAAAAUAUAAGAAAAAGAAGAGGAACGAAAAUUAUUUCUUUUAAUCCGAUUUAUAUGGAUAUUUAUACAGAACAAAUGGAUAACUGGAAAUUAGCUUUAGACAAAAGUGACAACAGACUUUUUAAAAAAAUAAAAAAAAAGUAUGUUCUAGAGGAUCACUUGAUUUGGAAUAAAUCCAUGUCCAACAGGAAAAAGAGGGAGGGAAAUGUUCAUGCAAGUGGUGAAACCACGCUUGACCACUUAAGUGCAUCCAUAAACGAAGAAACUACCUCAAAAAAAGAAUUAAAAAUAGAUGAAAAAAAAUAUAAUGGUAGUAUUGUAUAUGGCGGAAUGGAUACGAAGCAAAAGGAUAUAGAUAGCUAUUUAAAUUAUAAAGAAAAAGAUGAAAAGGAAAAUUUAAUGGAUAUUGCUAUGAAAAAUAGCUUGUUUAGCAAUAUAGACGAUGAAGAAGAUUAUAUAUAUGUAUAUGAUAGAAAAUUUAUUGAAGAAUAUUCAGAAAUAUGCAAAAAUCCAAUAAAAAAUUAUGUAUAUUUAGAUGCCAUGUUUUUUGGAAUGAGCAUGUGUUGCCAACAAUUAACUAUGUCCUUUCCAACAAUUGAUGAUGCAAAAUAUGUAUAUGAUCAGCUAGCUGUAAUAGCACCCUUAUUUUUAGCCAUUACUGCAUGUACUCCAUAUUUAGGCGGGUAUCUCACUGAGACAGAUACAAGAUGGAGAGUAAUUUCAAAUAGUGUGGAUUGUAGAACAGAAGAAGAGUUAGCUUAUAUAUCCAAACCUAGAUAUUCAGGAAUAUCUUUAUAUAUAUCAGAUGAAUUACCUUUAAAAAGGAAUUAUUAUUUUUAUAAUGAUAUAGAUGUAGUUCUAGAUAAAAAUGUAUACGACAAAUUAAGAAAAGAAAAUGUGGAUGAUUAUUUAUCAAGACAUAUUUCUUCCUUAUUUGUAAGGGAUCCAAUGGUUGUAUUUCAGGGAUCUUACAGUGAGAAGGACAUUAUAUCCAUUGAAAAGAGAUUGGAUUAUCAUAUGUCUAUGCCCCCCAACCCCCAAGAAAACAAAAAAAAAUUUGAUAAAAUUAAAAAAGGGAAGAAAAGAACAACUUAUACAAGAAUGCAAAAGGAAAAAGAGGAUGUGGUGGUAGAUAAAAAUAAGAAUAAAAAAAGUAAUAUGAACAGUAUAUAUCUAAGUGAUAGUUUCAACUUUUUAGAAGAUUAUGAAGAAAAAGUACUUUCAUCCCAUCAACAUUUUGAAAAUUUUCAAAGUACCAACUGGAAUAGUGUCCGAUUUAAACCCCCACCUAUACUUGAUAAUCAUUUUAAUGGACCAAGCUCUAUUGGAUGGAGAGUAGAAUUUAGAACACCAGAUAUUCAAAUAACAGAUUUUGAAAAUGCUUCUGUUGUUACUUUAAUUAUGGUUUUGUCUAAAUUUAUUUUAAAAAAAAGACUUAAUUUAUAUAUUCCUAUGUCUUUGUUAGAAGAAAAUUUGUUCAGAUCAGCACACAGAGAUGCUAUAAUAAAAGAAAAAUUUUAUUUUCGCACAAAUUUAAAUUAUGAUACAACAGAUAAUGAAAUAGAGGAAAAAACUAUAUACGAUAUAUUUUUCAAUGAAAAAAAUGGAAUAUUCUUUUUAUGUUCCAAAUAUGUUGAAGAACAAUAUAAUGAAGGCGCAUUAACACAGACAGCAAAAAAUAAAAUAGAUGAAUAUAUUGAAUUUAUAAAAUUAAGAAGUUGUGGGAAAAUAUGUACAGGUGCAGCUUAUUUAAGAAAUUUUAUUAUGAACCAUCCUUCUUAUGAAAAAAAUUCAUAUAUUAAUAGUAAAAUAAAUUAUGAUAUAUGUAAAUUAAUAGCAGAUAUAGGAAAAGGUUUAAUAAUUCCACAAGAAUUAUUAGGUGUUUUUGUUGAUCCAUAUAAAGAAAGAAUAAAAAGUGACUUAAGACAAAUUAAUGAAAGUCAGUAUCUUAAAUCAUUAGCCUACAAAUUUAUAUCAGGAGAGGAUUAUACACAGUACCUUCUUCUUAGUGAGGUUAUUAAGGAUGACCAAGACUAUUACACUUGUACUAAAAGAACAAAUUAUGAAGAAUCUACGGAUAAUCAUACACUUGAGUUUGGAAAGAAACUGUACCUAUUAAGCGCAUAG